GUUACAUACAAAGCUCCUGACUAAUACGGAGUUACUAACUACUGCCGCAAAUAAGAAAAUAAGAGUUCAACCUCCUGUGAUCAACUAUCUCACAACGUACCCACAAAGUCUUCAUAUCAAAAUUGCUCAAUAACACAGACUGCUAAGCCUAUCACCUCAAAUUGUACACCACUAUUGGUUGUAUUGCAUACCAACCCCCCACACUAUUUUAUUGAAUUCCUACCAACCUUCCUUCACCUAUAAUCCUUGGCCACCAAGUUUUUCCAGCAAUACAGAGUACAGACCAUCUUAUUCUCUAAGACACUUCACUGAGCAACCAUCAUCAUGGCGAAAUACUUUAAUAACCACAGUAGUAAUCGCAACCAGUCGCACCGACUCACUAGCAAAACUCCACAGACUAGCGUACUUGCAAGCUGUUACAGUGUCAACGCCUCUACCUUGGUGGUUGACGGUUUCCAUUACUGCACUACGCUGGGGACCGGGCUGAAACCCUCUUCUUCAAGUCCUCCCCUCGACCAUGCCAUUGCCCUGAGCGCUGGGAGCAAUUGGCCGAGCAAUAUUCUGCCUGAAUACAAAGGGGAGGCAGCGCAUACCAUUCCGGGAGAGUGUGAGAGGCUCUUCUGCGACAGACUGUUUGCAGUUUUCCUUGGUGAGAGGAGACUCGUGAGACAGGCGUCGCUUGGAGUGAAUGCGCAUCAAGUGACUCGGCCAAACUAUACCGCACCGGAGUGUAAGAGAAUCCAGGAGUGGGCUGAGCUAUGGGAUUACACUGGCGAUACUAUCUAUCGAGGGUUCGUGACAAGCAUGAGUGGCGAGCGAACAUUGUUUGUGUUCUUUGCGGAAGAUACGUUAGGCCAUAGUCUCAAAACUGGGUAUGCAGCUUCCAGUACCCCUCUCCUGUUUCUUGUGCAUAGGCUUAUCCCACCAACGAAUUGCAGGUUGAUCGCCCUUUUCGAGCUAGCUAGCAUAUCCAACUUUGACUGUUCCCAGAUAGUUGCAUGUAUCCGUCGCUCCCAGGACACAGCUGAACUCGAGGCUGUGAGGAACCUGGGCUGGUGUGGAUUUAGCCUGACCACAUUGAAGCCCUGGAUCACAGAUAACGAUGAUGAGUUUUCGCUCAGUGAGAAGUGGCUUUUUCUAAGCGCCGAAGUUUAG